AUGACAGCGGAUCGUGUCUCCAAACUGGAACAGGAGCUCAAUUAUUAUAAAGAAUUGUGAGUGAUUUUCUCAAUUAUAUCGCACUUGGUGUUUAGGUAUCGAAAGGUUGAAAAAUCGUUCUAAAAGCUGGCGGUUGUUAAAAAUUUGGUGUUUAAGGGCUUGUAGACACUUUGGGUGACGUUUUAAACAAUGUUUGAGGUCUAUGUUUGUAGAUAUGAGCUGGAAAAAGAGACAAAUGAGCUAAAUGAUAUGAAACUCAAAGAGCUCAAUGUAGCGAACACCCAAGACCGACAGAAAUUCGAAAUGGAACGAUACAAGCUCAAAGCAGAGAUAAGGAAGCUGGAGACGGAACGUGAUGUAAGUUUUUGAAGUUCAACAUCAGAAAUUUUCAACUUUUUCUCAAGUUUCGAUGGGAAAUUCAUUUUUUCUCCGCAAAAAUUGUGAUGGUCGGAUUUCUCAAGUCUCUGAUGGUAGGGCUCCCUAGUAUUUCAAUUUUCUGACCAAUUUUUACAAACUUUUUAUAUUGCACUAGAUAAUUUAGGUAUCAAAUCCUAUAUUUAACGAUUUCUUUCAGCGUCGAAAAGAAGACGACUCGGCAUCGACUUUAUAUCGACAGAGGAUUCAUCAGUUGGAGAAAGAAGUGAAUAAUUUACAUGAGCGAGUUCGGAUUGCUGAAAAUAUGGCGACAAAACUUGAAGAGACCUGCAGGUAAAAAAUUGUCUGAAAAAUUUGAAGGUUCUUACUUUUUUGAACUGUAAAAUUAUUGAAUUGCGUUUUAGAGCCAAGGACUUUGAAUAUUCCGAGCUUCAAAAGGAUUACGAGCUAUGUCUCGCACGGUGCAAUGCUCUGGAACUUCAGCUGAUGUCCAUGAGUGUAAGUUCAUUUAUUUUUUGUCUUGAAUUUAGAUUGAUACACCGGAAUUGGUUUGCAUUUGACAUUCUAUGUCUUUUAGCAGAACUUUGACUCCACAUCCCUGUCGAAUUCGGUUCUAUCUCUCAACGGCGAUCUUCACCAUACCUCGAAAGGCCUGGGAAGCGAAUCUCUUCGUGCCUCGGAAUCAGAAGACACCCCAUCCCAGAAUGGUCAUCCAACACCUGUUCCAAGUCCCCCUCUACCCUCCCCAAACAAUGGGGCGACAGAAAACUCAUCGGAAGAGAAUGAAAAUCCAUCUCCAAUCCAGCACCUCAAAGCCCAGCUAGCAAAGAGAAUAUCGGAGAAUUCGACCGAUGGACUUCAUGUUUUGAAGGAUGUUGACAUGAAUAUGGCUAGAACGUAUUGUGAAGGUACGGUUUUGGUUUGUUUUUUGUGAUUUUUAGGGAGUUUCAAAAGGAUUCAAUCAGUUUGGCAAAGGAUAACAUAACUUUUGCCAAUUUUUUCAUGAAAAAGUUAUGAAAAAUGAUGUUUUAGCCCAUCCAAACGACAUUGAUGCCCUUCUACGUUUUGCGGACCUAAUCCGCACCAUCCGCUUCGACUCCUUGAAAGGAAAUGUCUCAAAUUUGGACUCCAAGUCCGCGCCGUUGGAACGCCGUUCGGCGCCCUCCCCUUCGCGAAUCCCGCGCGCUGUGCAAAUGGGAAUGGACUCGCUGAAGGUAAACCUGGCACAGUUUGCUUAUCAUUAGCUGGCACUGCGGAAUGCGUCAUCAUGACCGGUUUUUGGAAUUUUUUUGAUUUUUCCCAGAUUUUUGGAAAUUUUCGAAUUUUUAUGACGUCAUGACGAUGUGUUUGGCUAAAUUGUGGCAUAUUAUUAUUGCACAUGCCCUAUAGCACUAUUAGAAAUCGAAUUUGUUGUCUAUAUUAAUAAUACCCCCUGUGAAUUCACCUCUCUUCCAUAAAAGUCCUUGUGAAAUAUGAUUUCCCCAAAUAAAGUCUGAUUUUCCUCACUGUCCACACCUUUUUUUGUUGCCUGCCAUCUGUCCGCACGGCAUGUCUGAAGCUUCCCGUAGACGGCUAGAUCCAUGUAACACCCCGAAAUUAAUCAACGAUUCCAAUUUAGAGCCUCCGAAAACGCCGGGAACCCCUAAAACCCACAACGCACUCUUUAACGGCACCGCACAAGCGCUGAAACGGCGCUUGGCACCGCCCUCCGGCAUUCUUUUGGCUUUCUAAACACACUCGGUAAUUUUUUGACCAUUUUCUGCAACGUUUGGUUAACAGUUUUGAGUUUGGAUUUGUUCGCGUAACGCGGAGUGCUUCGGAGUUGAGUUUUGAGCUAAUUUUUGGUUGAAAAAUGGGGUGGAGGGAGAGAAAAAGGAGGUCGGAAAUUUUGUUUCGUGGGUUGUAGCAGGAUUUGGGAUGAGGAACCAAUCUUGACUUUUUUUCAUUCGGAAUUUCUUCCCCAGCCAUGGCUAAAAGGUUAGAACUUGAGCUUGAAUAUCUCGGCUCUUUCUUCAAAAUGUGAGCCAAAAUUCUCACAAAUUAUUUUCCGCUCUAGACAGAUUAUGCACACAAAAUUUAACAAAAAUAUUGAGAAUUAAAUUUGAGAAAUUUGUUUUGUAAGAAAGUGAACUGAAAUCCUCAAAAUUUUCGAAAAACCCCCUCUGUUCUAAGCAUGGCUGCAAACCGGGCCAGCCCGGCCCGGGCCUGCGGGCCGGGCCUAAAUCUCCAAGCCCGGCCCGGGCCCGGGCUUGUAAAAUUUGGAAAGCCCGGCCCGGUUCGGCCCGGAAAAUUUUUGUACUACGCUGGAAAGAAACAAAGCAGGAAAUGAAAGGAAAAUUCGCAAAAUGUAAAAGAUAAUUUAGCAAAACAUAUACAUAGUUCAAUUGCCGCUUGACUAUUUUUAUAAAUUACUAAGUCGCCAUAAAUUGUCUUACCAUCUGGUUACAAAAAAUCAUAAAAUUUUGUGUAUAGUCACCCAAAUUUUAGCAAAAAUGUUUUAUCACAGAUCUUUUAUUGAAUUUGAAAAAACCUACAAGCGUAUUGCGUAUUUUUGAAAAUUUUUCCUUUUGUUUUUUUUUGCCAGCGAAUUAACUAUGAGGUCGCACUUAAGAAUUUCUGAAUUUUUUUUUCAAAUUGACUUGAAAAUUAUUUUUUCAUUUGGGCGAGUGGUAAAUAAGGUCAUUUUACGUUCGCUAUCAGCAUUGUGUUCGAAAAAAUGAAAAAUUUUAUCGAAAAAAGCUUAUUUUUUCCUUUUUUUCCGGGCAAAACUCAGAUUUCAUAAAAAACCGGGCCGGCCCGGGCCGGGCCUGAAAAUCGAAGCCCGGGGUCGGGCCGAGAAAUUAGUCGGCCCGGCCCGGGCCGGGAAAUUUUGGAAAGCCCGGCCCGGAGCCAUGCCUACUCUGUUCCACUCUUGACAUACUUUUUUCAUUUUAAGUUUCUUUCCCAGCCGUGCUAAAAUGUUGGAUCCGUAGAGGGGAUCUUUGCGAAGAGGGCAUCUUGAGGAAAAAAGAUGCGGUAAAGGAGACCACGACGGAUUUUUUAAGAAUUUUUUUUGGUUUGCCAAAAAAAUGAUAUGGUAAGAGGCGACCAAGGCGGAUUUUUUAAGAAUGAUUUUAUUGGGUUGCCAGUGAAAUCAUUCGAAAAAAUUUUCCUUGGUCCUCCCUUACCAUAUCAUUUUUUGGCAAACUAAAAAAGUCAUUCUUAAAAAUCCGCCUUGGUCCCCCUUAUCGCAGCUUUUUUCUUCAACGUGCCUUCUUCGCCAAGGUGCCCUCUAUGGAUCCAAUCUUUUAGCAUGGCUGGGGAAGGAAUUUCAAAUAAAAAAAGUAUGUCAAGAGUGGGCCAGAGGGGGUUUUUCGAAAAUUUUGAGGAUUUCAGUUCACUUUCUUAAAAAAGAAAUCUCUCGAAUGCAAUUCUCAAGAUUUUUGUUAAAUUUUGCGUGCAUAAUCUGUCUAGAGCGAAUAAUAAGUUGUGAGAAUUUUAGCUCAUACUUCGCAGAAAGAGCCGAGAUAUUCAACGUAGAAGUUCGUUAAAAAUUUUCUAUUUUUUUUUAUUUUUCCGCACGAAAAAUCUUGAGGGUUUCUGCAAAGUGCGGACUAAAAAUCAGGCAUAUUAUUUUUGAAAAAAAAUCUAGGUUAAAUUCCUGCCAAUUUUCAUCAAAAUCAGAGUGAAAUUACCCUUGCAAUUCUGUGAAUUUUGCCUUCUAAUCUACUGAUAUUUUCUCAAAUUUGGCCAGAAUCUCAUUUUUCCCAAAAAAAAAAAAUACUUUUGAAAAUUUUCAGGACCUCCAACGCCGCUUCAACGAACUCACAACGAACCGGCCUUCGGCCUGA